AUGCACCACCAGCUCUGAUUGCAACGGCUCCAACAGCGAGCUCUGUCUUUCUGGCCUUUGUGUGUCCCAGCUCACAUCGUGUACUGUUGACGACGAUUGCACUGGCGAUGAUGUGUGCACGCUCAACCUCUGCCGUCCCCCUGUUGUGGCGCAAUGCUCGGCAGACAGCGAUUGCAGUGCCGAGGAGUUCUGCUCUCUCGGCGUAUGUGCUCCGCGGUCCCUCACAUGCACAACUAGCGAUGAUUGCAGCGAGGGUAAUGUCUGUACCGUCGGCCUAUGCACUCCUGAUAUGUCGACGGUUUCUUGUACUACGGCAACGGACUGCCUCCUGGGUGUUGGUCUCUGUCCCCUUGGACUCUGCACCUGCACUGACGGAAAAUGCACCUUGGACCCGAGUGUUCCUGGUUGCUCCGAAAAUUCCGAUUGUGUUACCGGCCAGACAUGUCAAAGCGGUGCCUGCGUCGCAACAACGACAUGCUCAACCACCAACGACUGUACGCUUGGCGUCAACCUUUGCCUUCUUCCUGGUGUCUGUGUCUGUCUCAACGGUCUCUGUACCCUCGGAAGCGGCACAACGCCCACGUGUACGUCGAAUUCCGACUGCGAUCAGGCUGGUGGUGAGAUCUGCCAAAACGGCAGGUGUGUCGUUCCUUCAACGUCGUGUUCUAGCGAUAUGGAAUGUACUGGCAAGGUCCUGAGCGGCGACAUCUGCCUCUUCGGCCUCUGCGCUUGCAACGGCGGUACUUGCGUCUACAACGGCCCAGGGACCUGUUCUACAAAUGCCAACUGCGACAGUAACGAGCUGUGUACUGCUGGGAAGUGUGUCCCCAACCCUGUCCAGUGCACGGCCGACGCCUCGUGCGGCACUGAGCAGAUCUGCCAGUUUGGUUCCUGCAUCGCUGGCUGCCGCACCAACAGCGGUUGCACCGGUACCCAGGCCUGUCAGUUCGGUGCCUGUGUUCCAGGCUGUACUGCCGAUAGCGAUUGCACUUCAGACCAAACCUGUGAAGACAGACUCUGCAUCAACAAGGUCCUCCAAGAAUGCACAACAACUGCUCAGUGUGGCACGGCCGAGAUCUGCCAGCUCGGCACCUGUUUCCCCAACCUCCUCCCUAUUUGUAUCACCGCUUCUCAGUGCAGCGAGGGUCAAAUCUGCCCCGCUGGACUCUGCACUGGCUGUUCCAGUGAUGCCCAGUGUGGUACUGGCCGGUCCUGUCAAGCAGGGCUAUGUGCCGCCAGUGUCACCCCGUCAUGCACGUCAAACUCUGACUGUGGCACCGGACUCGUAUGCCAGAGUGGUCUCUGCCGUGCUUGUACUCUCUCAUCCCAGUGCAGCGGCGACGACGUCUGUACUGCUGGAGUAUGCGGGGCUUGUACCCUCACUGCCCAGUGUGCCACCGGCGAUGUCUGCGUCAACGGUGUCUGCGGCGACUGUACCGAUACCUCUCAGUGCGGCCUCGGCCGAGCCUGCAAGAGUGGACAAUGCGGAAGCUGCGACCAAAACUCGGACUGCGGACUCGGUAACGUUUGUACGCUCGGGUCCUGUACUCCUGGCUGCACUGGAAACUCAGGCUGUAUCGCAGGCCAGGCCUGUAUAACCGGGCUCUGCUCGGCCUGCACAACCAACUCGCAGUGCAGCACUGGUCAAGCAUGCUUGGCUGGUGUUUGUACUUCCUGUCUCCUCGACGCCCAAUGCGAAUCCACCGAGGUUUGUAUCUCGGGAGCUUGCCAACCUGCUUGUACGACAAACACGCAGUGUACCGGCGGCCAAGUGUGUACGCUGGGACGAUGCUCCGCAUGCUUGCUCAACUCAGACUGCGGCACCGGCCAAGUCUGCAGCUCCGGAUCUUGCGGUACCUGCACGUCAACGGGCCAGUGUGGCCUUGGCCAAGUCUGCGACGCUGGCGUUUGCCAUGCUGCCUGUCUUUCUAACGCUGGGUGUUCCAAUGGACAGACAUGCCAAUCUGGUCUUUGUGUCCCCUGUACCGAUGCCUCUCAGUGCGGCCUCGGCCAGGUCUGUACCUCUGGAGCAUGUGGCUCUUGUAGCAGUGACGGCCAAUGCACCGCGGUUGGUCAGAUCUGCAGCGGCGGUGUCUGCACCGCCGGCUGUGUUUCCAGCUUAACAUGCGGCGGCGGCCAAGUCUGUCAAGCCGGCCACUGUGUCGCCUGUUCUGCCUCGGUCCCAUGCGCUCCUGGUCAAGCUUGCAUAUCAGGAGCCUGUGGUCCUUGCUCAACAAGCAGCCAAUGUGGUAAUGGCCAAGUGUGCAGCGGCGGUUUCUGCAUCACAGCUUGCACUUCAACCUCGUGUUUGCUCGGAUCAGUCUGCAAGGAUGGCAUUUGCUCCCCUUGCACUGGGAACUCGGAUUGCACCACCGGCCAGGUUUGUUCCCUCGGAGCCUGUGGAAUCUGUACCCUCGAUUCGCAGUGCACCACGGCCGGCCAGGUGUGCAACAGCGGCGCCUGCUCUGCGGGCUGUACAUCCAAUUCCCAGUGUAGCAACGGCCAGGCGUGUAAGUCGGGCCACUGCACAAUCUGCUCAGGCAACUCGGAUUGCGGUACUGGCCAAGUAUGCAAUCUCGAAGUCUGCGGUGCCUGUACUACCGAUCUCCAAUGCGGUACUCUUGGUGUCGGACAAUACUGUUCCAACGGCGCCUGUCGCGCAAGCUGCACAUCCAACACGGAUUGUAGCAGCAACGAGGUCUGCAAUACUGUUACCGGGAAAUGCGGUGCUUGCACGCUCAACUCUCAGUGUGCCACAGGCCUCGCCUGCAUCAGCGGCACCUGCGGUGCCUGCACAGCUACAACUCAGUGCUCCACGGGACAGGUCUGUAGCAGUGGUGUAUGCAUUGCUGCUUGUACGACCAACGCAGCGUGUCUUGCUGGUCAAGUCUGUAACAUUUCCACGGGUCUCUGCGGCCUAUGCACCUCCAACGGCCAGUGCAAUGCGGGUUCCGUCUGCAACCUCUCGACGGGAACCUGCGGUCUCUGCACGCUCGAUUCCCAGUGCCUCGUCGGUCAAGGGUGUGAUACCUCGACCGGCCUUUGUGCUACCGUGUGUGAUACCGCCGUCGGUUGUGGUGGCGGCCGUGUCUGUACCGUCCCAGAAUCCAGCACCGGCACCACCGGCCUCUGUACCGGCUGCACCAAGACAUCGCAGUGCCGUACCGGACAAGUUUGCCUCAGCGGCCUCUGUUCGGCCUGUACGACCGACACUCAGUGCGGCACCGGUCAAGUCUGCCGUCUCGGAUCCUGUGCUGCGAGUUGCUCGACCAACGCGGGCUGUAGCACUGGUCAAGUGUGUUUGGCCGGAUCCUGCACAACCUGUACGGAUUCCACUCAGUGCAAUACCGGACAGGUCUGUUCCUCUGGUACCUGUACUGCCUGUACUCAGUCUACUCAAUGCACGGAAAGCCAGGUCUGUAGCAACGGUCUUUGCAUCACUGCUUGCACUUCCAACGAUAGCUGUGGUACGGGCAAAGUCUGCCAAUCCAAGCUCUGUGUGGAUUGUAACGACUCCUCUCAGUGCAAUACGGGCCAGGUCUGUACCCUCGGUUCCUGCGGGCCCUGCCUCCUCGACACCCAGUGUACUACUGCCGGACAGGUCUGCAACAGUGGAGUUUGCUCCGCUGGUUGCACAGCGAAUUCGCAGUGCGGCACUGGACAGGUCUGUUCGGCUGGCCAUUGUACUACUUGUUCCUUGGCUUCCCAGUGCAACACCGGUGGUACCACUGGCCAGGUCUGUCUACUCGGCGCCUGCGGUCCCUGUUCACUUGACACCCAGUGUCCCGGACAGGUCUGCGAGGGCGGCCAAUGCAUCGCCUCCUGCUCAUCCAACGCGAACUGCGGCACAGGCAAAGUGUGCUCCGGCAGCCACUGUACGACGUGUACGUUGACCUCCCAGUGCGACACUGGUCAAGUCUGCUCAAGCGGUGUCUGCGGAGCUUGCACUUCCGACACUCAGUGCUCCCUGGGCAAUGUCUGCACCAGCGGCCUCUGUCAAACGGCCUGUCUCGCCAACUCCGGCUGCAGUAGUGGUAAGGUCUGUUCGGCUGGCCACUGCAUUGCUUGCUCCACGGACGCGCAGUGCAAUACCGGUGGCACCCUCGGCCAGGUCUGUUUGAGUGGCGUAUGCAGCGCUUGUACGCUUGAUAGCCAGUGUACAACCUCCGGCCAAGUCUGCAACAGCGGUGCUUGUUCUGCCGCCUGUACAUCUACCAGCUGCACUGGCGGUCAGGUCUGUCUAUCAAACCAUUGCGCGGCCUGUACGGAUACCAGCCAGUGUGCCUCUGGAAAGGCCUGCGUGGGUGGAGUGUGUACCACUUGUACGCUCGACAGCCAAUGUACCGGCGGCCAAGUUUGCAACAGCGGCGUCUGCUCUGCCGCCUGCACAUCUACGAGUUGCACCGGUGGUCAGGCUUGUAUAUCUAACCACUGCGCUGCUUGUACGGCUUCUUUCCAGUGCCCCACCGGCAAGGCCUGUGUUGGCAGCUUGUGUACCAUUUGCACGCUUGACAGCCAAUGUUCAAAUGGCCAGGUUUGCAGCAGCGGUGCUUGUAUUGACGCCUGUACCACUGCCAGCUGCACCGGUGGCACAGCAUGUGUCUCUGGUCACUGUACUCUUUGCACGGCCUCCUCUCAGUGCCCAGUCACUGGCCAAGUUUGCACUGUUGCGGGUGUAUGUGCCUCUUGUUCUGUCACCAAUCCGUGCCCCAAUACCCAAGUCUGCGGCACCAACAAUCUCUGCGGUCCCUGUACCACUGACGCUCAAUGCGGUACGAAUCGAGGAUGUGCAAACGGCACGUGUCGGUCCAAGUCUUGCUCUACCGCGGCUUCUUGCCUUGGUCUCAACAUCUGUGGCGCGACCAAUAUUUGCCUUUGUCUCUUCGGACUCUGCGCACUUUGAUGCAUGCCAGGGCUUCGAAAAGCCGUGCGCAAGCACCCGAGCCAUAAGGCUCUUUUUAUCACUGGACUAUCUUUGUCCAACAAUCCCAAUCUCGCCCUCUCGCGAGCCCCUUUUCUUAUUCGUCAGAUUGUCACUACUCUACUCUCUUAUCUAUCUCACGCUCUGGGCUUCGGCUAGCACUAUAUGGGUGUUUGUUUUGUUUCGGCUUUUUGCCCCCUGUCAGACUGGAAUCAACAUCACGAUUCAAAGCUCGGUUCUGUAUCAGCGACGAAGGAGUUUUGAGCGUUAUCAUGGGGGCUGUUUUAAUCCCCUUACACUCACUGGGCCAGCUGUUGGCUCGCCUCACCACGUUUGGAAGUUUAGUAGUUGUGCCACUUAAUGGCCACUCUCUCGUUAUGACACGCGUCAACCUGGAAAAAACAGGCCUUGACGUUUAAUACAAUAUUGUUC